CUACAAGGGGAGUUCAAAGUGGGCAAACUCUCAACCAACCAGUUUCUAUUAAAUUUUCAAUAUGAAGAAGACUAUCAAAGAGUCUUCCUUAGACAAACUUGGACGGUGGGUAACCAAAUUAUGGUUAUCACAAAAUGGACUCCUGACCAUUCAGAGGAAGAAGACUGCCCAACUGUUCCAGUUUGGGUGGCCUGUCCAAAAUUACCAAUCUACCUUCAUGACCAACGAGCUUUAGCUCUAAUUGCUUCUUCUCUCGGAAGACCCCUGAAAGUUGAUGAAAAUACCCUCAACUUUUCAAGACCAGAUCUGGCACUUUUCUGUGUGGAGGUUGAUGUGUCCAAACCCCUUCCUGCAAAGGUUCAUCUCAAACUAGGGGAUAAAGAUUCCUUCUUUCCUCUAAUUUUUGAAAAUGUUCCACAUUAUUGUUCCACCUGUAUGAAACUGGGGCACUUGAAGGGUUUCUGCAGAAGAUCACUUCAGGGGGAGAAGAAAUUGCAGCCACCUCAUCCGGUUCAGAUUGUUGGGGAAGAACCGGUUCAAAGAAAAGGAAAAGAGCAAUUGCAGGAACAAUGGACAAUGGUUACUUCCAAAAAAAGUGGGUCAGGCAAAGAGUGGAGGAGGAAGCUGGUCACAUUCAAGUCAGGCCCUGGGGAAUGCUCUUCACAGGUAUAUUCCAAACAGCUACAAGACAACUCCCCUCCAGACAUUAUUACAGAUGUACCAGUCGCUUCUCCAUCAGUUUUUACCGAGUUGGCAGCCAAUGAUUCAAAUCCAGUCUACCCUCCAGCUCCUGCAAAUAAGAAAGAGGUUAAAAAUCUUGCAUUAGUCUUAUGGAAGCCUUUACCUAUAAUUGAGGAAUCUACAUUUACCUCUCUGCUAUCAGACCAGGGUGAUUCAGACAGUGAUGAGUCUGACUGUGAGGACCUAGGGGUUGUGGAUGAUCAAUUUCUUGAAAAACCUCUGGCAGCCCUCCCAGUUUUACCAACCCAAAAUUUAGAUGCUCAAAUGUUUAAUCUCAACACCACAAUUAAAUCAAGGCUCAGCUCGGUUUAUGGGAAACACACCAGAAACGACAGACUGCCUCUCUGGGAAUCUAUCACUAACCACAAUCCAGUGGAUCAACCAUGGAUAGUGGGAGGGGACUUUAAUACUGUCACUACCCUCACUGAGCAUCAGGGUAAUGUUCCUCCUUGCCUCAGAAGCAUGGAAGACUUCACGGAUUGCAUUCUCACAUGUAGCCUUCUGGACCCUUGCCUUAAGGGAAACACUUUCACAUGGAUGGGUAACAGAACUAAAGGCAGAGUUUUGCGUAGGCUUGACAGAGUACUUAUCAAUCAGGCCACUAUAGAUCAGCACUCUGAGAUCUUCCUCUAUCAUUUGGGCAAAACUUCUUCUAACCAUAAACCUCUCCUAUUGGACUGCAUUAACUACCAAUACAAUGGACCUAAACCCUUCAGAUUUCUCAAUGCUUGGACAUUAGACAAAAGCUUCAUUGGUUUGGUUAAAGAAUCUUGGAACUCCACUACUAAUGGGAGAGGAAUGAGGGGUUUGGCUUCUAAACUUAAGAGUCUCAAAAAGUGUAUUAAGGAAUGGAACAAUACACACUUUGGCAAUAUUUUUUCUCAAGUUAAGGAAGCAGAACUGGAAGACCUUCAAGCACAGGAAAAAUAUGAACUUGAUGACUCAGCAAACAAUAGAGAGGCUUGUAAUCUAGCUCAUGCUAAAUUACUCAAAGCAUGCAACAAGGAAGAAAAUUAUUGGGCUCAAAAAGCUAAUAUCAAAUGGCUAUCCAGUGGAGAUGCAUCAACUAAAUUUUUUCAUUCCUUUGUAAAAGGAAAAAGGAGAAAAGCUAGCAUCAGACUACUCAAAAAUCAAGAUGGAAAAGAAAUGGUGGAUCAAAAUGAGAUUUCCAGUUAUAUUGUCAGCCAUUUUGAAGCCACCUUUUCACUUACUCACAUGGGAAAUCAGAGCCUGAAAACUAUUCUACCAUACAUACCUAAUCUCAUCACUGAAACAGACAAUAUCAACCUUGUUCAAUUGCCACUUGAAGAGGAAAUCAAGGAAGCAGUCUGGCAAUUGAACCCUAACAGCUCAGCAGGGCCAGAUGGGUACAAUGGUGAAUUUUUUCGCCAUUGUUGGGAUAUCAUUAAGGCAGAUAUCGUUAGUGCUACACAGGAGUUCUUUCUAGGCAUUCCCAUCCCCAUGGCUUUUGGCAGCACCUAUGUUACACUAAUUCCUAAGGUGGAAGGAGCCAAAGUCAUUGGUGACUACAGGCCUAUAGCACUCUCCACUUUCUUCAGCAAGUUGACUUCCAGAAUUAUGGCUAAUAGGCUAUCCCCUUUACUUAUUAAGCUAAUCUCCCCUGAACAAGCAGGCUUUCAGAAAGGUAAAGGUAUUGAGGAACAUAUAUUGCUGACCAAUGAACUUAUGCACAAACUGGAAUCCAAGAUCAGAGGUGGUAAUAUUAUGAUAAAGCUAGAUAUGGCUAAAGCCUUUGAUAAAAUGUCAUGGAGCUAUUUAAGGGCUGUUCUCACAGCUUUUGGAUUCAAGGAGAAAUGCAUCUCUCUUCUUCUCCAAAGCUUAGAGUCUACACACAUGUCGAUCCUUAUUAAUGGCAAACCUUCAGGCUUUUUUAAAAUUAAGAGGGGAGUUAAACAGGGAGACCCCUUAUCUCCCCUUCUCUUUAUUCUUGGGUCUGAAGGUUUCUCCAGGAGCCUCAAGCAAGCCAUUAAUUCUGGAUUUAUAUCCCCCUUUAAGGCUGGAAGGAGCCCAGUGGUGUCCCACCUCGCUUUUGCAGAUGAUCUCAUUGUUUUCCUCAGGGGUGACUUCAGAAAUCUGCUGAGAUUCAAGUACAUCCUAUCUAACUACUUAAGGGCAUCUGGGCAAGAAGUUAAUAACAGCAAAAGCAAAAUUUUUUGCAAAAAGACUUGCCAUGUAACAUACAGAAAGAAAGUGGAGGAAGCUCUAGGUUUCAAGGUGGGGAAUCCUCCUUUCAAAUACCUGGGAUCUACCAUUACCACAGGUAAGCUCAAAAGAAUUGAUUGUGACCAAAUUCUUCAUCACUUUGAUGCUUAUCUUAACAGCUGGUACAACAAAGAGCUUAAUCCAAUGAGUAGGCUCAUACUCAUUAAGCAUGUACUCAGUGCCAUCCCAUUACAUACUCUAGCUGUUCAGGACAAUCCCAAAUCCAUCAUCAAUCAAAUCCAUUCCAAACUGGCUAACUUUUUCUGGGGCUCUAAAGCGCGGAAGAAUAAACAUCAUUGGUCUAAAUGGGUCACCCUCUGCAGACCUUCAGGAGAAGGAGGGUUGUGUAUAAGGAGUCUGGAUGAUAUCCAAAAAGCUUCAGCUCUGAAACUUUGGUGGAAAUCAAUCACAG